AUGACCCGAAUAGGGGAUUCCCUAGGGGCUCCUAGAGCUCAAGUUCGUCAGAAUCCCUCACCUCCACCUCGAUCGGAAACCCCGGUCCGACAAGAGGAGAUGGCAGAUGAAACAGUAGAACAAGAAGACCAGGAAGUCGAACAAAUCCCUAGGGUGGCUCGAAGGCCUCCCGUUGUUUUAGUAAAUAGGAACCAGGAUCCUGACCAUAUGGUCAGGCAAAUUCGACAAGAGACAACAACUGGGGAGCAAAACCUAGAGGUUAUUGUCGAGCGAAUCAUAGUGAGAAAUGGAACAAACCCAGGCCUACAGAGGCCGACAUACUCUUCACCUUUACUAGAUUUUGUUUUACAAAUAGAAUUUCCAAAGGGGUGGAAGGUCCCAAAAUUCACUAAGUUCGCCGGAGAUACUGAAGAAUCUACCGUCGAACAUGUUGCCAGAUAUCAAAUCGAAGUUGGCGACAUAGUGAAUAAUGAGGAUUUGAAGUUGAAAUACUUUCCAAGUUCUCUUACAAAGAAUGCGUUCACUUGGUUUACGAUGCUGCCUCCACAAUCCGUCCAAGCGUGGACGCAGUUAGAGAGAUUGUUCCAUGAACAGUUUUACAUAGGACAGUCGAAAAUAAGUCUGAAAGAACUAAAUAACGUCAAACAAAAUAUCGUUGAGUCAUUUGAUCAGUACCUAAAUAGGUUUAGACUGUUGAAGACUAGAUGUUUUACUCAAGUCCUUGAGCACGAGUUAGUCGAGAUAGCCGCAUGCGAUUUAGAUUAUUCUAUCAUAAAGAAAUUGGAUACCCAAUAUCUGAGGGAUAUGGCACAAUUAGCUGACAUAGUUCGACACAUCGAACGCCUGAAAGCUGAAAAGACCAAAACUAGUCGAUACCAUAAGAAAGAAAAAAGUGUCAUAUAUCGCAGUUGA